AUGGACAAGGAGCAUUCUCUAACGGCAACUGUCCAAGCUGAGUUCACGGCUGCUGGAUUUUCUCCUGAGCAGAUCCAAAAGGUUCUUCGCCAGCAGCAGCAGCUGGAAGAGAGGCCGCCCGGGGCGAAACAAAUCAAGAUUCCCCGUUUGCCUAUGAUGGACGAGGUACUGCGCUCAUACUCAAUUCCUUCCACUAUAUCGCGUGAUCGUAAAUAUUACGUGGUUGAAAAAUGGAUGUCGGCUGGAUUUAUCGAUCUCCUAGUGGAAGAAGCUCAGCAGCGCUUUGAACAACAGCCCCCACAAUGGUUCACCCGGGACCCCUCACUAGACACAGCUCAAGAUGGAGAAGAAAGACGACUAUCCAAUAUGAAAUACCGCAUCAUGACCAAAACAGAUGCACCGGCGAUACAGGGGCCUCAGCGCUGGUUCAAAACUCACAUUGCCCCGUCGGAUGAUGACGUUGAGAAGCAUCCGCGGCAAAGCAAUGGGGAAGGUACAACUGCUGGCAUAAAGACAUCUCUCUUCUCUGUACGCGCACUAUCACAUGAGAUAUCUCCUAUCUCCGGCGAGAAUAUAAUUCUCGUGGCUGCCGACCAUCACCCCAAACAAGCAGGCGAUGCGGAUACAAAGUGGCUACAUGUCCAGCAUCAAGGUAUCUCCUUCGGAACAUUCCUGAAAGCUGCUCUCGAUGCAUCGGGCCUGGGGAGGCACAUUCACUCAGCUGUAAAUCAUACCUUCCAAUCCGUACUACCUCGGAUUGAGAAAUCUUUUGUAUUUGGCCGCUAUUUUCUGCCUGUGGUCUUGUCUCGCAACGUGGUCUUGCCUCAUCAUAGAACCAGCGUGGAAGUCAUGUUCAUGACAAUUCCCUACUUUUUCAUGGCUGAUUUGAUUGAUCCUCGGAAAAGAAACACUGGUGAUAGCAAGGUCCACUCAGUCAGAGCUCUAGUUCAGUCGCUGUAUCAUCUAGAUUCUUCGACCGCACGAGAGAAUCAACAAGCCUUUCGACGUGUCCACCCCCAGGCAGAGAAAGCGGUUGUCCAUAUUCCACAGUUAUGGGUGGUGACCUUGGGCUCCAGUUUCUUCGCCACAUGUUCCCCAACUCCGGUUUUCAACCAUCCAAGUUCAGCUAUUGUUACGUGUGGCGUGGAAGAGAAUCUAUUUCCCCCUAUCAUUCGGGUCUCUACUAGUACUGGCGUCUUCUUCUGUUUGGACAGAGCAUCUUGCGUUGUGUGGCUGGAAUUUCUCGGCCAAGUUCGCCGAGCUAUCGAAAUUGGAACUGGAGUCAUCACCGAUCCUGCUCAUUUUUCUUUCAGAUUACCUCUUCCAAAUGGCCAUAUUACUGCAAAGCGGUGGCCAGAAGUAAUCACGGCACAUUCGGACGAUAAAAUAUUGAACAUCUUCGCGUCCCUGCCUUCAAACUUGAAAGAAGUUUCCCCAGUCGUGCCUGUAGCUAUUCCCCUAGAGGACACACAAACAAAUCUACAGCCUGGGAGUGCAUCUUCGGAAUCACCUCAAAUCUUCAAAGCAGAUAUUGCUGAUCUAAGUCCCGAUACAUUGGAUGUUUAUCGGUUGCCCUGGCACUAUGAAGAACAGACAGGACCACAACCAAAAAGUGUCUUGGUGGUUGAGAAGCCUCUUUCUGAGUUUGAUCAAAAAAUCCUUCUCAAUCACACUAGGAGGUGCAAGUCGCGAGAGAAACGUCCACGAAAGCGCCAUCGACAGAGGAACAGCACGGAAAGCCCUCUCUAUGCAUUUCCUGCUCGAGUCCAAGAAGCGUUGCAGUCUUUCAGUGAUAUCACACAUGGUGAGACGGAAGAAUGGAAAUCCUCAUUCUCUCCAAUCCUCUCGUGGCCAGUCUUCACCCCCGAGGACGUAGUCGACAUCUCCAAGGUGACACCUAGUCGUCAGAUGAAGUGUCUUCUCGCAAAUCUUCAUUUUGAGCUCCUUUUCUGGAGAGAUCAGCAACAGGCCUGUAGCUAUAAUGCUCUCCCUUUAUGCAGCAAAGACAUAGUCGAACAUACCCUUGAGCGAUUGGGACGCGAGGAGGGUCUAUCAACACAUCAGACCAAAUUACUGGCUUCUUUUAUCCAAAGAGUUUCGGGAAUUCUGGAUCUCUUCAUCCUUGCCAAUUAUGACUGUGUGGUGAAAGGCAAAGUAUGGUCUGCAGUCGAUGUGCUCCUCAGCUUAUUUCGAAGUCGAUUCUCCAGCAGCCAUUUUGCUCUCCAGUGCGAUAUCCUUGCUAUCCCAAUGGCCCAAAUCCUACAAACGGUUCGAUCUUUUCACGCAGAGGUCUUGUGUGUCCAGCGGAAUUAUUACAUGCCAACAUCCUUGAUGCAGGCCUUUAAACAUUUUGUUUUGGCGCUAGUUGAGGUAUCUUCAAAUGCAUCUAGGCUCAUGAAUGAAGAUGAAUACCAGAAUGAGCCGGAGUCCGGGGAAUGGGCCGACUGGGGUGAUGAUGAAGAUUCUGAAUUAUAUGGGCGACGUUCAUACUCACGCAAAUCAUUAUCAUGCUCAUCAUGCUCAUCAUGCUCAUCAUACCUAGACUUCGAUCCCUCAGACGAGACUGAAUCGACCCCAAACUUUCGGCGAGGACGAGGCAGUAGGCGCAAAGGCAACAAAGAAUCAAUCGGCGGGGUGCACUUUUACGAAGUUAUCAAUAUGAUCGAGGAAUCUCGAAAUGAGAUGGUCUGCAUUCUACAGCCUGAUAGGGUGGAAGAUCAAGAGCAGAGUAGGAUGGUCGACCGUGGAACACUCAUCAGCCUAGUUCUGGAGUCAAUUUUGAGUGGACACUCGGGACUACCCAGUAUGCCGAAAAUAAAUUUGGAAGAGAUUUAUCUCACAUGGACAACUCGGCUGCGUCUGAACAUUCGGAACAAGCCGAGCCGUAGCCAUCUAUCAGAUUUGAAUCUACUUCGUGAGGAGUUGGAUAGCAUUAUCGCGACUGUCGAGGAUCAACUUUCGGUGCUUCGCACGUUUCAUGAGGACGACCUCCUAGAAGACGCUGCAACUGUGUACAGCGAUGUUCGUGGCCAGACUCAGGGUGUCUUUCUUGCGAGAAUCUCAGCGCAUCAACCGGGACUACCUAAUCAAUCUACCAUCAAACUGAUCAAUCGCCUGGCAAAUGAGUUGAAAGAGAAAAAGGAAGUCUAUACAGAACUACAUGGUCAGGUAGCUCGCAUGGAGAAACAGGUCGUGCAAUGGACAGAAAUGAUCCAGGAAGAUCAUGGAAAGGCAAUUAUGGUAUUUACGAUCGUCUCCAUAAUUUUCCUGCCGCUGUCAUUCGUGACGAGCUAUCUGGGUAUGAACACAGCCGAUAUCAGGGAUAUGGGUUCGAAUCAGAACCUUUUCUGGGAAGUUGCCGUUCCGUUCACCUUCGUGGUGGGUUGCGUGGUGCUAGGCGUGGUAUAUAAUGCGGACAGAAUUAUGGGGCUUUUUCCUGGAUUUCGUAGUGUCCGGUCAUCUUCAUAA